AUGAAGCUGCUUCAGAACAAAAGCUACCUUUUGGUGGUUUUCCUCCUGUACGUCAGUAUAUUCGUCAGAGGCUACGUAAAAGUUGUGGAUGAAGUGAAUUAUACCGAAGAAGUAUGUAGUGAGAAAGUCGAUUUAUACUUCCUACUUGACAAGUCGGGAAGUAUUGGGCGGAUCAACUGGAUCUCGACAGUCAUACCAAUGGUAAUGGAAAUCGUUACACAUCUCAACAUCUCAAGGGAAUCUGUCAACUUAGGUGUGUUUUUAUUCUCAAACGAUACAACUGAAUUGAUCAGACUUGGCAGUGACGCUUCUAUUGACAAAAAACUAGCACUCGCUAAACUUUAUGACUUGAAGCAAACAGACAGACCUAACGGUUCAACCAAUCUGUCCUCUGCUCUGGAGACAGUGCACUACCAUUUAAACGAUCGAGUUAAUAGACAAGAUGCAACCCAACUGGUUAUCGUAUUGACUGAUGGUGUACCAAACAAUCAGUACAGAGCCUUUCAAUUGUCCAGAGAAUUAGGGAAAAGAAAUGUGAAGUUGGGUGUUAUCGGAGUUGGAAGAGGCAUUAAUCACCCUUUCAAUAGACAAAUGGCUGGAUGUGGGCCCUAUGAGGAAAAGUGUGCAUUUUAUUCCCAUGCAGACUGGAACCGAGCCAUGGAUGUUAUCAAUCCAUUUCUUCAAAAGGUGUGUAAUGAAGUACAGAAGGUUGCUAAUUGUGGUGCCUGGGGUGAAUGGACCCCAUGUAGUGUUAGUUGUGGAAAGGGAACACGCAGAAGAUCAAGAGAAUUGUUGCAUGAAGGAUGUACUACUGAUAUGACUCAGGAGUGUAAUGAAGGAGAAUGCCCAGUGAUACCUGCGCCUAUGCCCGUACCAGCUCCUUUCCCAACUGUCCCUGAAGAUGCCAAGCCAGAUAACAAGGAUGACGACGAUGACCAUCCCAAUUUUAAGCAAGGUCUAGAUGUCCCUGAUGUAGAGGAUGAAAUUCCAACUGAAAAUGAUAAGGCGGAUGAAAACCCACUCGAAGAAAAUUCCUCAGACUCAGAACCUAACUCUAUACCUGAGCAAUCAAACGACUCCCCAUUACCCCCAAACGAUGACUCUCAACCUGAGGUAUCAGAAGACUCUCUAUUACCCCCAGGAGAUGACUCUCGAUCUGAGGUAGCAGAGGACUCUCUAUUACCCCCAGGAGAUGACUCUCGAUCUGAGGAAUCAAACGUCUUUCCGCUACCCCCCUCAGUUCCUGGAGGUUCAACUGAGGAGCCCCCAUCAGGUGUUCAGAAUAAGAAAAAUGACCAAGGAGAGUUAGAAACGGAGAAGGGAGUGCCCGAAUACAAGAACACAAAUGAACAGGGAAAUUACAACGGUAACGGAUAUGGAAGAAGUAAAAAUGAAAUUCCAAACCCGAUUGAUAACGAAAGAGAGAUGAACGAAAAGAGCGAAACGCAUCAUCCUAGUGGAGCAAAUCCAGCUCAUGAUAGGUACCCCAAACCUCACCAAAACACAUGGGGAAAUGAUAACAAUACUGGGGAAAAUUCGGACAUUCCCAAGAAUGGCGUCCCAUCUGACUACGAACAACCUGAGAAUAAUGGAAAGAAGUCAUCAAAUAAUGGCUACAAAAUUGCAGGUGGAGUACUUGCUGGAUUGGCCAUAGUCGGCUGCUGUGGAUUCGCGUACAAUUUCGCAGCUAACGGAGGUGUUGCAGGAAUGGGCGGUGAACCUGCAGCCUUUGAUGAGGCGAUGCCUGAAGAUAAUAAAGAAGCUGGGGACGAGGCAGACCAGUUCAAGCUACCCGAGGAUAACGAUUGGAACUGA